AUGCAUAGUGUGGCUGUGGAGCCCUCUAAGGAAUUGUCAUUACCGUUUUGUGUAACAAAUGCUUUUGCACACCAGCAAUUUAUGAGCUCAAGUUACCUUUCGUUAACAAAUUUAAAAGAAAGUUUGGAAGUUUACAUUGAAACAUUCAAAGAUCAUGACAACCGUCCAGAUGUAGGCUACAUGCUUUAUGGUUGAGAUUUCGUCAUCGACCUAUUGGGUAUAUUUGACCUUCUUGGGCCUCUUGUUCUGAUGAUCCAGUCGCAAGCUCAGUGGUGUCCGGGCUGGAAGAUUGAGAGUUACAUCCCUUCUGUGCAAGAUCAACUGACCAUGUUUAUUAACAAAAUGGAUGAAGCUAUUCCAUACCCAAGUGUUUGUCCCAGAUUGAACAAACAUCUAUUGGAUGUCGUGGACAAGAAGUACGGCAGAUGUGAGUUGGAUGAUGGAUGGAUUUUAGUCGUAGAAAACAAAAGUUUCGAAUGGAACCUGCCGACUGCAUGAAAGAUUUGAAAGAAAUCAUAAUAAACAUGAAAGUACAAUUAGACAGCAGAUUUGCCUCAAGCUUUCCGAAGUUGAAUUCCAUGCUGCACAAAUGCUUGGACUUUGGCAUACUUUUUACAGGAUUGUGUGGAGUAUGCAAAGAUGGUACCCACCCAGUGAACAAAGGAGUAUAUGCUGCCUUGGGUGCAACUGAAUUUAGAAAGUAUGUCGAGUUUGUCUCCCAAUUGCCACAUGUCCAAGAGAAGAACAUGGAAUUCUCCUCCGAGCUUUCAUCAACAGUGUUUUGGUGACUGAAAUCUACAUUGAUGGAUGUUGUUUGGGGUACGCAGUUCUCUUCACAUUUCCCCAAAUUUUUCCAACAAAUAGUGGAGGUGGUGCAAAAGCCAGGAGCAGCAAUGAGAUGACACGUUGUUAUGGGUGAUAUUGCAAUUCCUGUGUUGGUGUAUCUACAACAUACAUAGUUGAAUUUGGGGAAUCUGAUCCCACCGUGUUCUCGUUGGCGGAGGUAUUUCGGGUGCAGUUAAGCUGUGGAACAACCCUAGAAGAGGUACUCGAAGAAGAUGCCAUAAUUCACACACUCUAUACAGAUUCAUCCUUUUAUACACUGGUUGGCCAGGAAUUCUGCCAGUUGUUCGAUAUUAUGUAUGCCAAGACUGAAGCUGUGCCUCAACCUUUUUAUCGCGUUGUCGAAAAGCAGGAGAUGGAGGGCAAGCAAAGCCACGAUGUUCUGGCAUUACGAUCAGAUUGA